AUCAGUCUUCUCUAACUCUUUGAUCUGACAUAGACUUAUCAGAAGUCAGAAGGCGGAAAUAUUUCUUUUUUUUUAAUUCAAGUGAAAAAUAUGGAAUCGGUCAAGUUCGUAUUGUUAAUGUGCGUUUUACUUUUGGUUAAAGACUCCAUUGCUCAUGGUAUAUUGAGCGGAAUCGUGAAGGAACAUAGGGAGCGUCGUCGAGAGCAUCUUGCAAAUUUGGACCCUCUUGGUCUAAUUGGUGGAAAGGAAAGUGGCAAUAAUGGAGGUGCAGAAGCUUCAGCUAACUCUAAAAGUUUGGGAACCAGCUUCAACCUUGGGCCAGUUGGAUUCAGUACCAGUUUAACGUCCGCUUCAGCCCAUGCCAAAGCAGGAUCUGGAGGAACAGCAAGUGCAAAUGCUGAUUCCCUAGCCAAUGCACAAACUGGAGGUCAAGGAGGUUACGGAGGUCCAGGUGGUUACAGCGGGAGCAAUUCCAACGCUCAAACUUCCGCCAAUGCAGGAGGUCAAGGUAACAAUCAAGGAGGAUAUAGUGAGCGAGAGGGAGGAUAUGCUGGACCCCAAGGAGGCUAUGGUGGACCUCAAGGAGACUAUGGUGAAACUCAUGGAGGCUAUGGUAAUCCCCAAGGAGGAUAUGGUAGUUCUAGUGCCAAUGCCAAUGCCAAUGCCAAAGCAAAUGCCAACACUAAUACUAAAUAAUGCGGAAGUCUCUUAGCGACGUAUUUUAAUCAAUUAAAUUAGCUCAAAGGAAUAAUGAAUAUGAACCUUCCCACUUCGAUCCUUUAAAUUUAGAUGCCCGAUCAAAAUUCUUUUAUAACAUUGUAAUGUAUAUCAUUCAAACUAAACUUAUAAGAGCUCUUCAAAAUUUCAAACUAUGAAGUAUGUCUGUACAGUUAAGUAUUACUUUAACCAAUAAAAUAUUAAAUGUAAUUUUUUGAGAAGUUCAAGCUUCAGUGAUUUGGAAUUUCGGAAAUUGGCUAAUUUCGGAAUGUUUCAAAAUCGCCGAUGAACAUUUUUAAUAUUUUUCGUUUUUGGUAAAAAAUUUUUAAAAA